UUGGGGGUCAAGCCUGGGUUUUCAGGUUGGCAGCAAGCACCCUUGCCCACUGAGCUAUCCUGCUAGCCCUAUGUCACCAUACUAAUUUUUUCUCAAGCGCUUUUAAAAUAUGUUUGGUACACUAAAUGAUGGAAAAUAGAGCAGCCAGAGUAACCAUUAUACAUUCUAGCCUAUCUCCACCCUACAAAAUGCUCUAAACCUGAAAAUAUCAGAACAGAUGAUUUUAAACAGGUGUUUCUGGAUGCUUUCAUUCUGGGAGCAUAUGAUAAUUGUUAGGUGAGAUUUUCAAGAGAUGGUAUAGAGUCCAGUGUCUGAUAAAGUGCCUAUUUUGCAAAAGCAUUCCUGAAUGGUGCCCAUAGUGAUAAGUUUUGGAUCCCUAGUUAUUAGGUAUUCUCUGCUGCCAAUGUAAUAAGUCAGUCCAACAGAAUUAAUAAGUAAGUCCAAGUUUUAAUAAACAGAGCGAAACAGCUUGUGGGUAACUCUCAGGAAGGCAGGGGAGAGAGCAGGAGAGCACAUGGCAGGUAUGGUGACCAGGUCUUAAGUAGCCUGUAGGCAUGGUCUUGAAUAGUCCCAGGGAGAGGCUGACUCCUGGCAGGCUUUCUUAGGAAUGGAGUCUGGGGAGACAGAGGUGGGUUAUUUCCUUUACUAACGAGAGUUAUAUCUCCUUUUGUUUUUGACAAUGAUCACAGCCUUUCAGUAACAUCCCAGUUCAGAGUAAGCGUUUUGAGACUCCUAAGAGGUCUUUGGGGAAGAAAGAGAAAAGGUUAACUGUCAAGUUGGAGCUGGCUCUGAGAAGGUGGCUUUUCCUGGAAGCGCCUGCCAGUCUGCCUGCUACCUUUGGGAUGGCUGAGGAGUAUCAUCGAGAGUCAAUGCUGGUCGAGUGGGAACAAGUGAAACAGAGAAUCCUGCACACGCUGCUGGCCUCAGGAGAGGAUGCCCUUGACUUUACCCAAGAAAGCGAGCCAAGUUACGUCAGUGAUGUGGGUCCUCCUGGUCGAAGCUCUCUGGAUAGCAUUGAGAUGGCCUAUGCCCGGCAGAUUUAUAUCUACAAUGAGAAGAUUGUGAGUGGACACCUGCAGCCCAACCUAGUGGACCUUUGUUCAUCUGUUGCAGAGCUGGACGACAAGAGCAUUUCUGACAUGUGGGCCAUGGUAAAACAAAUGACAGAUGUGGUGUUGGCACCAGCAACUGACGCCCUGAAGAGCCGAAGCAGUGUAGAAGUGCGCAUGGAGUUUGUCAGGCAGGCCUUGGGGUACCUUGAGCAGAGUUACAAGAAUUACACCCUUGUGACUGUCUUUGGAAAUUUGCAUCAGGCCCAGCUGGGCGGUGUGCCUGGGACUUACCAACUGGUUCGAAGUUUCCUAAACAUUAAACUGCCAGCUCCCUCACCGGGACUUCAGGAUGGAGAGGUGGAAGGCCAUCCCGUCUGGGCGUUAAUUUAUUACUGCAUGCGCUGUGGGGACCUGCUUGCUGCAUCACAAGUCGUCAGUCGAGCCCAGCACCAGCUGGGGGAAUUUAAAACCUGGUUCCAGGAGUACAUGAACAGCAAGGAUAGAAGGUUGUCUCCAGCUACUGAAAACAAGCUCCGGCUUCACUACCGCAGAGCCCUCAGGAACAACACGGACCCCUAUAAGCGUGCCGUGUACUGUGUCAUUGGCAGAUGCGACAUCACCGACAACCAGAGCGAAGUCGCAGACAAGACUGAGGACUACUUAUGGUUGAAAUUGAACCAGGUGUGUUUUGAUGAUGACGGCACCAGCUCGCCACAAGACAGACUCACUCUCUCACAGUUCCAGAAACAGCUGCUAGAAGACUAUGGCGAGUCCCACUUCACGGUGAACCAGCAGCCCUUCCUCUACUUCCAAGUGCUGUUCCUGACUGCACAGUUUGAGGCCGCCAUCGCCUUUCUCUUCCGCAUGGAGCGGCUCCGCUGCCAUGCUGUCCACGUGGCCCUGGUCCUGUUUGAGCUAAAGCUGCUUUUAAAAUCCUCGGGGCAGAGUGCUCAGCUCCUCAGCCAUGAGCCUGGUGACCCUCCCUGCAUGCGACGGCUGAACUUCGUGCGUCUGCUCAUGCUCUACACCCGCAAGUUUGAGUCCACGGAUCCGAGGGAAGCACUCCAGUACUUUUACUUCCUCAGGGACGAGAAAGACAGUCAAGGAGAAAACAUGUUUCUGCGCUGUGUGAGCGAGCUUGUGAUAGAAAGUCGAGAGUUUGACAUGAUCCUUGGGAAACUAGAGAACGACGGAAGUAGAAAGCCUGGAGUCAUUGAUAAGUUUACCAGCGACACAAAGCCUAUUAUCAACAAAGUUGCUUCCGUGGCAGAAAGUAAAGGACUGUUUGAAGAAGCAGCCAAGCUUUAUGACCUUGCCAAGAAUGCUGACAAGGUGCUGGAGCUGAUGAACAAGCUGCUGAGCCCUGUGGUCCCACAGAUCAGUGCCCCACAGUCCAACAAGGAAAGACUGAAGAACAUGGCCCUCUCCAUUGCUGAGCGGUACAGGGCUCAGGGAAUAAGUGCAAAUAAGUUUGUGGACUCUACAUUCUAUCUCCUCUUGGACUUGAUAACCUUUUUUGACGAGUAUCACAGUGGCCACAUUGACAGAGCCUUUGAUAUCAUUGACCGCUUGAAGCUGGUACCUCUAAACCAGGAAAGUGUGGAAGAAAGGGUGGCUGCCUUCAGAAACUUCAGUGACGAAAUCAGGCACAACCUCUCAGAAGUACUUCUUGCCACCAUGAACAUCCUGUUCACACAGUUUAAGAGGCUCAAGGGAACAAGUCCAUCUUCAGCAUCCAGGCCUCAGCGAGUCAUCGAAGACCGUGACUCUCAACUCCGAAGUCAAGCCAGAGCUCUGAUUACUUUUGCUGGAAUGAUACCCUACCGGACAUCUGGGGACACUAAUGCCAGGCUGGUGCAGAUGGAGGUCCUCAUGAAUUAAGGGCUGUGUUUGAUGGGAUCUGGGGCUGCACACUAUCAGUAUAUUAGUCACAUGGGCCCGCUGGGGUGGGCUUCCCAGUUUUUUUUCUGUUGUAUUGUGUUUUGUUUUUUGUAUUAUGUAUUUUUGUCAGUACCAAUAAAUUUAUUUGAUUUGUAUUUCUUUUAAACAUUUUUUUCUUUUCUUUUUUUCUUUAAAAUUUUGGUUUUCUUGUUUUGUUUUGGUGUGUGUGUGUGUGUGUGUGUGUGUGUGUGUGUGUGUGUGUGUUUAUUCGGGAAAUGUUGUCAAUAGUUUCGGGGCCAGAGAAGGAGAGGCAACAUAGGUUUCUGUAAUUUGGCUAAUAUGACUUUAAAUGAUUAAAAUAUUAUCCGUUAUGAGCAAGGAAUCCAAGCCUUUGGAGUCCCAUUCACUCAGACACUAUGGCCCAUAUAAGCAGUCACGGUGCGUUUUCACAAGUCUAGUUGCAUGGGAAGCCAGCCUCAGUCUUGGAUCACGGAAGGUCUGUGUUUGGAAUACAAGUGCUGCUGUCCUCUUGAGUAGCCUUUGAGGUCAUGUGGCCCCAAACCACCCCUCUUCCUUAGCCAUGAUUCCAGCUGAUGGGUCUGCUGUUCCACACUUCCAGUGGGGUCAAAGCAUGGGCUUGGGACUGCUGGAAUUGAAAAGGUGUAAGUGUCCAGCUCAAGGUGGAGAUGGGGUGAGCCCUCCACGCCUCCUCUGCUCUGUUGAGAGCUGAUGGAUGAAGUCACUCCCCUCUCAGAUAACUUUUUGAAGCUUCUCUUCUUUGGCAGUCAGUUCUACUUGGAUGAUCCCCUUCACUGAUGAAGGCAAGCUCGUGGGCUCAUUCUGCAUGUCUGACAACAGAAACCUUUGACAUCUGCGUUCUGGGUAUUUGGUCCCCAAGCAGUGGUUGUCAUUUGUUACUGACUGCUUCUCUCGCCACACCCAUAGCCCUGGACUGAACUAGAAAGAUCAACAUGAGCAUUUGCUCCUGAGUGAGCCAGCUGGGCAAGGUCUGCUCUUCAGGCUGUUGGGACACUCUUGAGGAACACUUUGCCAUGGGCUUGCCAAAAAGCUUUUUGUUCCUCAGGAAAAAAUCUCUUACACAGGAUAGUCACUCCUACCUACAUCUUUCCCUCUGGGAAAGAGCUGAUGGGUCUGUAAUGGACACGGAUUUCACGAUCCAUAAAGGGUAUAACGUGAGGCCCUCCAGGUUGUAGUCUUCCUUCCCUGGUCUCAUCUUGUAGGUGGGACCCAAAACUGACCUUCCCUUUAAAGUCUGAGAAGGCAAGCCUGUAGGAGGCUUAGCGAAGCAAAGUGUGUCUUGCUCAUGUGCACCAAGAACUGACAUGUGUUUUCACGGUGCGGGGAUGAGAGCACUCCAGAUUUGAUAGCACACAACUGUCUUCAUUUCUUGUAUUGACUCCUUUUCCAUAAUUCGAGAAAACGGGUUGGCUGUGGCCUCUGUUGCUUGUCUCUUCCUCACCCCAUCCAAGUUAACUCUGAGUUUGUCCUUGUUUUAUGCAGUUCUGUCUGCAUCUAGGAGAACUGCACACGUGCCCUGCCAGAAACCAGAUGAGACCUAAGGGCAACAGGAAGGAAAACCAGCAGCUCAGGGCGUACGUAGUGUAGUUAGUGGCCGGCAGGUUAGGAGUUGGUGUGGGGAGACCUUUGUGGAAAGAAUGCUAUCACUGUCAAGUCUCCCACAAGCAAAUUCCAGUACUUGUUCUAUAGACUGGUUCUGUGACUGCCUGUGAGUCACAGAAAGUGUGGAGCUAAGAACAACCUGAGUUUGCAAGGCAUGGCAUCAACAGGUUCCCAUGUGCCCAGCUGGUGCCCAGAAGUCAGACAUGUCUAAUGACUUCAUGACUGUGUGACAGAUUAUAAGCCUAAGCCAUCCUUCCACUCAUUUGUUCAGAGAACUAAAUCCUUUCCUGGUGAUUGUCUGUGAUGUUAUUGUUCACCCAGAGAAAUGAGAAGAAAAUGCCUCCUGGGGGCUCUUGUCUUGAACAAACUCGGGGUACUUUUGAGACGGCCAGGGUAAGAGGCUGUCUCCCUAUCUCAUAGUUGACUCCUGGGGAACCUCACAGGGAGGUGCUGACUGCUCAGUACCUUUUCGGACCUCACUGGGGACUUUAGAAACCAAAAGUUUUCUAAGAGUGGCCGUGUGGUGUGACCCUCUACCCCAGCAUUUUGAUUUCACCUCUUCUUUUCCUUUGUUUCUUCCUCCUCUCUCUCCUCCUGAGUUAAGUUAGGUAACUCAGGGGAACAAUGAAGUGGGAUUGGGGGUCCCUCUGAGCACAUCUUUUGGUUUUGUGGCUUCCGAGCUGGGGGCAGGGCUUUCAUUGGAGGGCUGGAAGUGUCACUUAAUGCUGGAGGCAGAAGGCAGACUCACUCGUGCCCCAUGUAAACUCAGACCAGAGCCUGAAGGAGCUUGUGGUGGCUGCAGUGAUGCUUUAGUCCUGUCAUUUGAAGUCCUAGAGUUUAGGAUAUUUUAAGUGAAGAAUUAGGGGUCCUCCCACAGUGCCCACCACUGGCUGGUUUAAAGAACAAAGCUGGGGCUGUUCUUGCUUUGGGUUUCAGCACUGCCUAUUGUCGUUGAGUAAAUGCCCCUGGCUCAAACUCUCAAGGCUGCUUUAGCCGGAUGUGCCAGCUUCUGCUGCCUUAGGCUAGAUCUCCACACCCAUGUUUCUCCUUGGGCAUCAGAGCCUUUGUAUCUAGUUCAUUGGGUAUUUCAUGUUACUCGCCAGAUUCCCAGGAGUCCAUUCAUUCUAUCAUGCCAUUCAUGCCUGGAGCUUGCUGAAUACUCUGCUGGAAAUAGCCUCCAGAUUGGCAGGUUGCCCAAAGCUGCUGAAGUGUUGCUGACUGACUGGCUACGGGGUGGACUGAGUACUGCCUCUGGUAGGGCAGUGGGUCUUCCUAAGACUGAGCACUGUUGCACAGUUCGGGGUGGUGUGGGCAGAGACCUACAUUGCUCUGCCGUGCUCUGUUCCUGGCUGCCUUCGUCCUUGAGCAUGUGUUUCUCAGGGUGCGGUGGGUAAAAACAUUGGCUUCUGACAUUCAUGGACUUGUUGCAGUCGGAGAGGGGUUGUCUCUGCUCUAGAAGGGGCGUCUGGCCUCAGUGUGGGUGGGUGCACUGCCGCCCUCCGCUGGCCCAGAAGACCUGGCAUAACCAGGCUUUUAGUGGCAAAAGGUUAUAGGACCCCUCCAUCAGGCACAGAUUCAGCAAAUGAACACUGAGUCACUCCUGGGUGGAAGACAGACAGCGAGCCAGUUGUGUGUCAGCUGGGGUGUCUGCUUUGCCUCUGCUGGCGCUCACGGCCGACCCGAGAUGAGCGCCUGGCGCAGGCUGGCGGAGCGCUGCAGCUCCUUGGAUGACUUUCAUCGCUGCCGCUCGCUCUUCUGAGGAAGCAGAUGAGAAGGCAGUCACUGGAGUGCGGGGCUGACUGGUGGGAAAACUGGGCCCAGUUGACCUCAGCUCCUGUCGCCUCCCAGGGGCUUUCCGUCGGGCCUUCAAAUGCUGUGGGUGCUAGAAGCGGAAAGAGGCAAAACGCAGUUUAUUCUCACUUGAUGAGUGGCGUGUGUUGGGAAUGUGGUGGGCAGAUUCUCUGCUGUAGCUGGUGGCGUGGCUGUUUUCCUCUCUUCCAUCUUGGCUUCUCUGAUGUCAGUCACCCUGGUGUUUGUGGGGAGAGGGAUGGUGGGAGAGUCGGUGUCUUCUGUGUGUUCCUUUCCAUGCAGUAACUUCUGUGUUUGCUCUGUUCAGGCUGCCUCCUCCUCCUCCACCCCUGUGUCUGUCGUAAAUGCUCUCCCCAUGUGCCAUGUGCUCCCUUUGUUCAGUUCUUCACUGGCGUGGGAACUCUAGCUGAGGCUCCUCAGAAGGUAACCGAAGUGCCUCUCCUCGCCUCGGGGUAAGGGAGCUCCUUCCCUACACCUUGUAUGGAAGGCUCCCAAAGCCUACCUGCUCCCUAGUCUCUGGGUCUCUUCGAGUCACAGCAACCUCCUUCUGUAAGUAUAGGACUUCUGUCCGCCUUGGAAGCUCUGAAAGUCACUGACCCAGCCCCUGGCAUCUGGGGAAGAUCAGGGUCAGGCUGAGGGGUGGUAGACAGUAAAUAGCAUUUUGGUACAGAGCCAGCAGGUGGCGUUCUGGGUCUGGGGCCCUUGAUCUGGGACCCUCGGUGGGAGCAUUUGGGAGGCAAUAGCAAGAGCUGGCUUUAUCUCAGUUGAUGGCAGGAAAGGCUGGCCUGACCAGGGCACAGACGUUUCUUGACAGUACCUGCUAAUGUUUCUAACCAAGAAGGAUGCCAUCAAGACCAAGACCUGGGCUCCGGUGUUCUGCCUGGGGAUGUGCACAUGGCCAGCCGUGCAGGGUGGGACCCUAAUGAGAUGCCCUGAGCUCAGCCUGAGGCCCCCCGAAAAGUUUCAACCUCUGCUUUGCUGGGGCCCUUGGAGGCAGUCUGGUGCCCUGUACCAGUGCCCUCAUACCCCUUAGAAGGUUCCACGAUGCCCUCUGGACUCAGAGCCUCUCCUGGACCAGGCUGGCAAGGCUGUAGCCUUUGAAGGGACACUGGUGAGGUGGGUGGAGUCGACAGAGAGUUACUACUGGAGCUGUCUCUUGAAGUGUCCUCCUUUUUCAUGGAAAAGUUCCGAGUCUGCUACCUGUGUUUCCAGCUACUUGGAAAGCAGACAGGAGGAUUUCUUGAGCUCAGUUCAAGGCCAACUAAUUAAGACCCUGUCUUUACUUUUUAAAAAGGAGAGGGGUCAUUGGUGACCCACUGUGAAUGUCACCUCAGCUGUUCCCUGGAAGUGGCCAGGUUUCAGCAGUAGAAACCCUUGUAAGCAAAUGAAUUGAUGCUGGAAAGAGAGGCCCGGAGCCUGGGAAGCUUCGUAGCUGCAAGGUUGAAAACUGGCCCCACUGCUCUGGAGAUUGUCUGUAAGUUCCUUCUCAGUUGGCCCACAGGUCUCUCUAGCCUUGCCAGCCUGGAGGCAUCCUCCUCAUGGCCUCUGCUCAGCAGUUGAGCUCACUGAUGACUUUAGGAACCAAAAGUUUUCUAAGAGUGGCCGUGUGGGGUGGCCCUCUGGUGGCGGCUGCAGCCAUUCACCUUCGAAAGCAUAAACUGCCCAUGAGGGAUGGGAGACUUCUUCCUGGAGUUGGGUGAAGCUCUCUGGAGAGCAGAUCACUGGACACCAGCACUAGCUGGGAGGAGACAUGCUGCGGCACCAGAGCCGCAGCAUGGGAGAGCACAGAGCUCUCCGAAGGGCUGGGAGCUGGGUGAAGUUCCUCUCUACUUGGAGUCACUCACUCUGAGACAGCUGCUCCCCGGAAGAGUAGAGGUACCAGCCCCCUCGUCCUCAGGUACUGGGAAGAGUCAGUUGACCCGAGUGACUCGUCUACCUGGAACUGUCACUCAGGAAGCCCUCCACAGGUAAAGGUCAGCUUGGGUCCCUCUUCUUGGGUCCUGCUCGGUGUAGGGGGCUGGCAGAGGUGAUGGGACUUCCCUCUGCGUUUGUCUUACGCCAUUCACAACAGUUUCACGUGGGUGCAGGCAGAGUAAGUAGCCCACAUCAGGGUUGCCUUGUCUUCUGUUUCUUCUUUUAUGUCAAGACACAAAAUUAGGUCAAAGCUGGUAGGUCAGCAUUUUGCUCUUGGAGGACAGUUACUGAUAUGUCAAGGUCAGCUGGGGUUCCUGUUGUUUUCAGUGACCGCUAAUUGGAGAAUGUAAUUCAGCAAAUGUUUGAGGGCCUGCCCAAGGUCAGACAGUUGACUUAGCUGCACUGUAUCCCCGGUUUCCUAGGACAUGGUCCUAGGACGCAGUCACUGCCCUCCUGGGGGUUAGCACCAGUGGGAGGUCGUCUCCCUCAGGUGAGUCUCUCCUGGUUGGUUUCAAGCCUUCACUCUCUUUGAGCUCUCACUAGGAGUUCUGAGGCUCCAUGUCCUGGGUCAGUUUGUGAGAACAACCCUGGUUUCUGGAGAACGGAAUGUAUACACACAGACACUAGUAACAUAGGCCGAGAAAGGCCACAAGAGAUACGCAAAGGGAUGGAGGUGGGCAUGGCGGCGCUUCCCUGUGAUCUCAGCUACUUGCUUAAGGCAGGAAGAUUGCAGGCUGAAGGCCAUCCUGGACAACUCGGUCAGGAAACCCUGUCUCAAAACAGAAGGACUGGGUUGGAUAUCACAGUGGUAAGUCCCUGCCUGCCACCUACAAGGUCAUGGGUUCAAUCCCAGCAUUGCCCUCCAAAAAAGGGGGAAAUGGAAGGCAAGACUCCCAGAGGCUGGGGAGGGAGGACCUUUCUGUGUAUGACGUGGAUUCAGCCCUACAGAGGCAAACAGGAUGAAUGGGACCAUCUCGGCAGCUUAGGCACUAAGCACCAGGUCUCUCCGGCCUACUCCCACCUCUCAUGCUCCGGUGGUGUGGUCCCUGUGGUAACGUUUCCUGCAACUUGAAGCAGCAGAAACCCAGGGGCUCAGGUGAGUUGAGAACCUGCCAGAGGUCACAGGGUUCCUGCCUUGUUCAAGAGGUAUGUGGGGACCAGGAGGUACCAGGGAGGGUGGCCCAUGAGGCAGAGAGAGAUUUGAGGCCACACAACCGCUGAGGGAGAAGGUCUAGCACAAAGGCCAGUGGCCAGCGUGUGUCUUCAGUGUCUAGCCAGAAGAAAAGAGAUCUUCAAAGCCACCUACAGCGUGAGGGAUAGUCACAGGCUUCUAAAUCGGCCUUCCUUGAGCUCAAAGAGCCAGGUUCUGGCCUGUACCGCCACACCUUUCAGCUCCUGCCCAGCAGCUCCCAGCCCUGGUGACUUCCUGAGCUCUGCAGAGAUAAACUGCCCAUCUCAGGGCCGUGAUGCAGUCUGGCUCCAGUGGCCUGGGGAGGGACUAGACACUGGCUGCUGAUUUUCAGAAGCUCCUGAGGUAAUUGUCCUCCCCUAGCAGGGUCAGGAAGCACUGUUCUGAUGAUAGGGCAUGGGAAAGCAGGCCACAGCCCCUUCCGCUUCUCCACAGCGCAGCAGUUUGUUCAAAGAAUCUCUGAGCUGCAACGAGGUGAAAAUUCAGCCUGGCUAGGAAAAAGUUCACCAGGCCUAGGCCCAUCUGGUCACCUUGCUCAGUGUCCCCACCAUGGUCAAAUCCACAUGGCUUUUAAAAUGGCAUCAGAUGUAAAAAAAAAAAAAAUCGUGUGGGGAGUGGAGGAGUUGAGGUCAUGUUUUCAGGAUAUCACAAGUGAAUGACAUCUGCCAACUUGGGCUGAAUCCCUAGGCCCAAACCCAAGGUAGCCCUUCCUGCUGUCCACCUGCUCCUGCCUUCUUAGGCCCUGACUGGGCCUGCAGUGCCUCCUUUAUGAAGUCCAAGCUCUGGAGCAAGAGCCCAAGCUUGUUCCCUGCAGUCUUAAACGGCUUCCGAGCACCGUGGGACUUGCCCCAGCUAUCAGGGACCCAGUGCGGACCCAGCGCCUAGCUCUGCAGCCUGAGCUCAGAUGUCCUCAGCAGUACCCCGGGGUGCUGAAAGCCACCGGCAGGAGAACUUUGGGAACUCUACUUGGAGAACUCUAGGAGACAGGCAGGUCACUCCGGUGUCACGGGAGCACCAUGCACGGCACUCCUAGACUUCCCAGAGUGUCUUCUGUGUGCAGCCAGCCUCCCACCUGCAGGCAAACACAGCUGACUCUGGUUUCUACUCGGAGUCUGGGCCACCUUUUCCUGCCCCUGCCCACAGCCUACCAUGGAAGCAGCUGCUCAUCAGGGCCUUUAGCUAAUCAGAUUAGGCAAGGAGUUGAUUUUCUCAUACCUGUUUUUCAUGGUAACUGAGGAGCUGAAUCCAAAAAAACACAAAACCUUUCUGUUUGCAGAGCCCUUUGAGUGUCCUCCAGAGUCUCCACUCUUGAUGGUCAGCCCACAGAUGGAAGGUUCUCUCCAUCUGUCAGAUGGUGAAACAGACACCAAGUCUCCAAGCAUGUGUAUGUGGCACAGGACCAGACUCCCUCCUCUCAUCCUUCCUAUUACCCCUGUGGCUCCAGGACCAGGCUUGGCUUACAGCUAAAGGAAUACUAGGCUUUUAAAAGAAGCUCUCAGGUUGUUCCCAUGGUCCCUGUUGCAGGAGCAGGUCAUAGGUGUCUGCGUUCCAAAAUCUGGAGACCAUGAAGCUAGGUGUAGUGACACAUGUCUGCAAUCCCAGUACGUGGGAGGCAGAGGCAGGAGAAUUGCUGCAGGUUUGAGGCUAGCUUUGGCUACAUAGCAAUUACCAGACCAGCAAUGGUUAUACUGCAAGACUGUCCCAAAAAUU